ACACCCUCCGUCUCUCCCUCCCUCCCUCGCUCGCUCGUUCUCUGCGCAGACCGCAUGUGCCAGCGCGUGUUCACGCGUGGCUCCGCCGCUGACGGGAGACGGCCGUGGACUGGAUGUCAGGUUCCCCCCCCCCACCUCCAGUCCUUAUGCACACUUACCCCCUUUCUUAACACCCGCUUAACAUCCGUUAGAGAAAUCUCAUCUUCCUCCUCUUGAGGCAGCAUCUCUGAUGGCAUCUUCCAUCCUUCCUCCAGCAUAUUGGAUUUAAUGAGCAGGACGGCGUGGAUGGAAAACGAGCAGUCUUUGGAUUUCCUCGGUUACGGCGCUUGAGGAGGGAGUGGAAAUGACAAAAGCUGGAGGAGGGACUAAGUAGGGCACAAAGGGAGAUGAGAAACAGCUCCUUACAAAAACAAAGGGGAAAGGUGGCUGAUCAUAUGAGGAGGGAAUGCUGCGAGGAUAUGUGGAUUAGGUGCAGAAGGGACCCGGCUCACUCCUCCCGCCUCCCACUUUCCACACAGUAAGCAGAUCCAGCACAUCUUCUGGACCAGCAGGCCACCAAUCACUGCCUGGGACUUUUCUUAAGGUAACCGAUAAGAUGGUGGCCAGGGAAGCGACUGGGCACAGCUACCUGGUGGCUUGCUGGCAGCCCAUUCUGAUCCUGAUGCUGGGCACCGUGCUUUCUGGCUCCACCACGGGGUGUCCAUCCCGCUGUGAGUGUAACGUUCCAGAGCGCUCAGUGAUGUGCCAUCGUAAGAAGCUCAUGACCGUUCCCGAGGGCAUUCCGGCAGAAACGAGACUGCUGGACCUCAGCAAGAACCGCAUCAGAACGAUUAACCCAGAUGAGUUCGCCAACUUUCCGAACCUGGAACACCUGGAGCUCAGCGAAAACACUAUCUCUACAAUUGAACCCGGAGCAUUCAAUAACCUUUAUGGCUUACGGACAUUGGGAUUGCGCAGCAACAAGCUCAAGUUGAUCCAGUUGGGUGUAUUUACAGGCCUGAGCAAUCUCACUGAGCUGGACAUAAGUGAGAACAAGAUUGUCAUCCUGUUAGACUAUAUGUUCCAGGAUUUGUACAACCUUCGCUCUCUAGAGGUGGGUGACAACGAUCUGGUUUUCAUCGCUCACCGUGCUUUUCACGGCCUUAACAGCCUCGAGCACCUGAGUCUUGAGAAGUGUAACUUGUCUUCUGUGCCAACAGAGGCUUUUACCCACCUCCAUAGUUUGAUCACUCUCAAGCUGCGUCACCUCAACAUCAAUUCCAUACGGGAUUACUCUUUUAAACGGCUGUAUCGACUAAAAGUGCUGGAAAUAGCUAAUUGGCCAUACCUGGAUACCAUGACCACAAAUUGUUUGUAUGGAUUAAAUCUCACCUCUCUGACCAUUGCCAACACCAACCUGACCACGAUCCCUUAUGUAGCUUUGCAACACUUGGUUUAUUUGCGAUUUCUUAAUCUUUCAUACAACCCCAUCCAUACCAUAGAGGGAAAUAAGCUGCAUGACCUUCUGCGUCUACAAGAGUUUCACCUGGUUGGAGGGAGACUAGCAAUGAUUGAGCCCUACUCUUUCCGAGGACUAAACUACCUGAAAAUACUAAAUGUGUCUGGAAACUCUCUUACCACUUUGGAGGAGUCAGCUUUCCAUUCGGUUGGAAACCUGGAAACCCUGGCCUUGUAUGAUAAUCCCCUGGCCUGCGAUUGCCGACUCUUGUGGGUUUUCCGAAGGCGAUGGAGACUGAACUUCAACAAGCAGCAGCCCACCUGUGCCUCUCCCGAGUUCGUCCAAGGGAAAGAGUUCAAGGACUUCCCAGAUGUUCUGCAGCCAAAUUACUUCACGUGUCGCAAGUCCAGGAUUAGGGAUCGUAAAGCCCAGCAGAAAUUUGUUGACGAAGGAGCCAUUGUUCAUUUUGCUUGCCAAGCAGACGGAGAUCCAGCUCCAGUGAUUAUGUGGCUUUCUCCUCAGAAAAAGUUAAUCACCUCCAAGACAAUUGGAAGGCUCUCAGUGUUGCCAGAUGGCACCCUUGAGGUGCGCUAUGCCCAGAUUCAAGAUAACGGUACCUACGUGUGCAUAGCCAGCAACGCCGGGGGAAAUGACACCUCUCUCGCUCACCUACACAUUCAUAGUUAUUCACCGGACUGGCCCCAUCAACCUAACAACAGUCUUGCUUUCAUAUCCAACCAACCCACUGAGACUCGUGCUAACGGUACAAAGCCCAAUGUCCCUUUCCCGUUUGACAUAAAGACACUAAUCAUUGCAACCACAAUGGGUUUCAUCUCUUUUCUUGGUGUCGUCCUGUUUUGUCUGGUACUGCUGUUCCUCUGGAGCAGAGGUAAAGGCAACACAAAGCACAACAUCGAGAUCGAGUAUGUCCCACGCAAAUCGGACGCUGGGAUGAGCAGCACCACAGUGGAUGCUCCUCGCAAGUUCAAUAUGAAAAUGAUUUAAAAUCGUUUCUCGAUUUUGGACGUCAGCACCAGACAAAUUAGAGAAGACUCCUUUGCAAACCUGUCGGUUAUGGUCUGUUAACAUAGAUUACUGCUUUUUUUUUUUCAUCUAACUGGUGGACUUGACAAGAGACCAGUUCCUGACUUAGAACAAAAAAAAAAUCAAGAAAAAAAAACAAGAGGGAACGUAACUACAGCCAGUGAUAGGGUGGUUUCUACAAAGCCUGUCGGGGCAUUAUUUGAAAUUCAGAUUGAUCAUACAAAGAUCAUAGUCCUCCGGAUAUUGAUUGGGGAAAAAACAAACUAUUAAAGAAGAAGAAAGCUCUCCAAACAGUCAGAAUACGGGGCCAGAUCAUAUUUAUAUCAUUUUAUUUUUUUCUGUUCAUUCCAUUUCUUGUUUUCUGUGAUGCUGAAUGAAUGAACGAGCUCACACACAUACAUACAGGUACAUCUUUGUUUAAAAUGUUCAUACAAUGUUUUAAACAAAGUCUUUUUCAUUUGUCUUUUUUAUUGUGUCACAGUGCUGAUAAUCUUUUGCUACAAACAUACAAACAGAAAUUCCUAGUUACAAAAACCGUAAAAAAUAAUAAUAGGAAAGUAAAACACAAUCUAAUUACGACCACUGCUGUUGCAGAGCCAAGACGUUGCAAUAAACGAUUGGCUUCGGUUAUAAGACCUUGGAUUACAAUUGUAAUUAUAGUCCUAGUAGUGCUUUAUUGCAAAAACUGCUGAAUUUUAUUUUGAGUAGCUGUGUUUCAGAAAUGCAAUGUUUACAGACAGAAAGGAGAAGAAAACCAGUCUGGUGUUCUUUCCUUUGUAAAGUUGAAUUUUAUUGAUGUAUGACAAACUUUGAUACACAAUUCUCAACCGUCCUUUUUUCCAUUGAUGCUUAAUGUAAUAUUAAACACAACAAUUAUGCUACGAUCUCAAAAGAAUGAUCUUGUUUGGUCCUGUGGCCCAGAGACCAGUAAACUCUUGGUCCUGGGUGUUCAUCAAGCAUUUACAGAUUUAACUAAACUUGAAACAUCAAAUUUCUGGUCAGUGUUUGCUAAAAGGUUUGAGGAGAUUCAUUCCAGUUAUUUUUCGGUGUUUCUAAUCCAGUUUCUUUUAUUUUUUUAUUCACUGCAGGUCUGAUUGGUAAAUUAACUUCUUACACUGGCGCAGUUUGUGCCCAAACCUUUUUCCACAUUGUGCUCGACUCUGUUCGCGUGACGCCAUUCUUUUGUCCUCUACCUGACUCCAAGAAAUAAGAACUACUUGUCGUGGUGCUCCUAAAGCUGUAGAAUAUUUCCGUCAUUGUUGGUUACUUCUCUGGAGUUUGUUUUUUAUAAUGAAUUGUUUUCUUGUUUUGUUUCUGUUCUUUUUUUUUUUUUUUUAAAGAAUUGACGAUUCAUUCAUGAAAGUGCCCCUCUCUUUCCCUUCCCCCCAUUUAAGCCAUGGAAUCGUUACCUUCUUGGAUCACUUACAGGUUUGCUUCUCCACCGGAAAUGUGCUUUCCGCGUCACGAGGGAGCGGAAGAACUCAAGCACCUUGAGCUCCCCCGGUCGGUACUGGAUUUUAAAUUGAAGGGUCGAAGCCUUAACUUUUUGAGUGCACACGACGGACAUCUGGGCUUUACAAGUGUGUGUUGGUAUACAGGCGUCUACGGUGGAUGACACUACAGAUAAUGUCACGGUGAUGGCUGGCAGCGAGGACGGAAUAUGCAGAUGGGUGGACAGACGCAGAUGGUUUCACCCGUGGAGCGAUCUGAAGCAGCUUUGGUGUAAUCCGUUUUGCAUAAAGGAAAAGAAAAACUCAACUAAACUGGAUGUGGCUCACGGUUCUCCCUCUUGCUGAAUAUGAAUGCUCUUUGUUCAAAGUGUGGCUACUGUAUCGAGCCUUUUUUCUUCUUUUUUUUUUUUUUUAGUCUCACGUGAUCUGAAGGUGUUUGGGGCGGGUUCAAGUUUUUUUUUGUUUUUUUCCUUUAUUUUUGUUACCCCCUUACUUAGUUUUUUUAUUUCGACCCUGGACUAUGUCCACCAUGUAUAGUCCAAGCCAACUUUUUACAAAAGAAAAAGAUAUUAAAAAAGAAGUCUAUGGAAAAAUACAUUCAAAUUGUUCUGUGCAAUAAAGGUAAUAUGCAGAUUUUUUUUUUCUUUUUUUUUUUCAAUUAACAAAAUUUUGUUGAUGUUGAAUUGUUGAGAAUAUGGUAUGUUGUAUUAAACAAUCUAUGGACUUUUUU